AUGUUUACGAGUCACGUUUUAAAAGAACUUGAUGAAUCAGAUUUGAAAAUUGCACUUGCUAUUUCUGAUGGUAAUGAUCCAUGUCUUUUGGACUUCGAAAUAAUGGUAAAUAAUGAUGAUAAGUCCGAGUUGAUACCGCAAGAUAAUAAAGAAUUCGAUGAAAUAAUGACUGAAAAAGAUGAUAGUGGUGUCGAGGAACAAGAUGAUAUGUUAAUUGACGACAAUAUGCAUUAUAUGUCAAAUAACAAUUCUGCUAACGAAAUGAUGGUCGAUCAAAAAAGAAUGUGUGUAGAUGAAGCUUCCAUUAUUGAUAAGAAGCAAAGGAAGCAUAAUUAUCAUGUUCGUUGGGGAGAAAAUGUGACUUUAUUGGUCUAG